UGUAAACAACACUGCAACCUGAGACGGGGUAGCCAGCCAGUCGGCUAGCUAAGUAAACUAGCUAACUUAGCUACUCCGCUAGCCCAUGUAUUAACCUCACUGUCACGACGACUGGUAAUAUAAUAAUUAUUCAAAGUAGGAAUAUAUAAAUUGUGUGUGAAGUUGUUUCGACACAAGAAAAGGCAAAAGGGAGGACUUUUUCAUCCCGGCUCCUUCAACUCCCCCUGUGUGAUAUGACAUCGCUGCCUGGUUACUACAAAAGCCAGAGCUCGACAGCAGACGGUUGACAUCUGGUCAGGUGCUGUUGACGAUGAUGGCUGCUCAGGUGGAGGUUCAGACUGGGGAUGUAGGGAGGACGGUGGGUGGAGGACGACUCCACCUGAGUCCCCUGACUGACUCCAGCAAUAAGAGUCUUAUCGAGAUCCCUUCCAUCAACCAGUCCCAUAUCAUCCCUCAAGAACCUAACAAACCUGCCCCGGGCCCCAAGCCACGGCUCACUCCUAAACCUUUCGCCCUGGAGAGAAACCCCACCAUUAAGCCCAUACUUGCUCCUAAGCCCCAAACCAAGCCCCGGCCAGAGUCCACUCGCCUGGCUGGGCACAAAUCAGAGUUUCAAAGCAGUGUAAAACCACAGCAACCAGUUGCCCCUAGCAAACCCAGGCCAGUAUCAACCAACCUCAACCGACCCGCCUCUACCUCCUUUAAAACAUUGAAUAAGUUGAACAGUGGACAAACAACCAGGCCAAUAGUCCAGCCAUUUAAACCGGCUCCUCCUCUUGACCCCGGAGAUCCGAGCAAACCCAUUCCUCCUAUCACAGCAGAGAGGCGCAGAUCCAGUUCAUCAAGCUUGGCCUAUUCAAAGAGCCUUAAACAACUUCCAGCUGCAGAGUGGUCGGGAACCACUAAAAAUGAAACUGCAAAGGACUGGAAGCCAUCCAGUAAAGCUGGGUCCUCCAUUACCAGAGCCAAGUCCAUGGGUUUUCUAAAUCAGGUAGGGCAGGAGGAGGAAGAAAAGGAAAAGCCAGAGAAAGCUGUACAAAUGCGACCGCAGCCCAGAGGCUCCAGGCCCAGACCUGUGUCGGCCAUUUUCCUUGAAAGUCCAACCAAGACAGAGGCACCAGUUCCUGCCCCUCGCUGGGCAAGAAGACCGCUCUCAGCCGAUCUAACAUCCAAGUUUGAGUCUAUCGGUCUGUCUCUGCACCGCAAAUCUCCCAAAGCAAACACUAAAGAGAACACUCCAGAGGAGAAGCCACUGCCAGAGAAGAGAGAGCAGGAGAAACCCCCGAAGAGCGCCCCGCCACAGAGUACUGAUGGUGCAGAUCCAGCUGUUUUAGACCAAAGCAAUAAAAAGACAGAAGAAAUAACAGUGAAUGAGACUGAUGAGGAGAAGCGUGCAGUUAGCAUCAAGUCGAGAAUCAGUCUCCUCCUCGAUUCGUCCUCCUCUCCUGGGCCAGGUGUCACAGUACAAGGGCCAGAGCCUCUCUCUCCAGUGCUUACAGUCCCUGAAACUGAACCAGCAGUGGGGGUCAAACGGCUCAUCAAGCAGCUGACUGAGGACACAUCACCAACUCAGAGCCCUGCUGUGAGACCACCUCUGAAGCCCCGCCCCUUGCCCCUUGACCUCACUCAAAAGUUUUCAUCCGAGAAGUCGCCAGACAUUGGCAGUGUUUCCCUCAGUGAGGCGACAGAGCGCCAUGAGAUCAGCAGAGAUCCUCAGAGGAGGACUGAAGAGUCAGCAAUCACCCCCAGUGACCAGAAGACGUUUCUGGAUCCAAACGAUUCACAGGAGCUGCUAAAAAAGCCCCCCACGCCUGGUCCCGGCAGUGACGUGCAGACAGUCAGAGCAUCCUUGUUUGAAAAUGUUGUGGAGAGGCACAGUGUGCACAUGGUGGAGGAAGACAAGCCUGUAAACAAGGCUGAUGAUUCGCUCAGCAGCCCGUCGUUUGAGAGAGGAAAUGCAGAGGACGAAGGAACUCUGGUCACCGCCACCUACAGGGAGCCUUUAUCCCCAUCAAGCCCUAUGAGGGUGUUGCACUCCUUUGACACCGUGCAGGCAGUGGAAGAGAGCAGGGUGGUGAGUGAGGACAUCCCUUCAGCUCUUUGGGAGGAUAAGGCCAUGACGCUUCGCUCCAGGCGCUCAGAGAGGAGCAGGCCCGGGCCAGAGAGGACAGCACAAGGGGAACCAGCUAAGGCUCCGAUGCAGGAACAACAGCCUCGAUAUCUGAGAGUCGGGGCUUUAUCUAAAUGGAGCCCUACAGGUCUCGAACAAGAGGCGAGCACGGAGAUUGGGAUGUCAAAGGAAUCCCAAAGGGAAGGACAAGUGGCUUUUGAUCAGAACAGACAGAAAGAGGCGGAACAGGAGGAAGUGGCUGCAGCUCCUAAACGUUUUAAAACAGAAGAACAGCCAAAGCCCAGGGCAACCUACUUUGCUCUGACGGGACAAAUACAGGAGCCAGCUUCUCCUGUAGAGGCAUAUUUAGGUGACAUGACUGUGCCGUUUGAUGAUUUCUCUGUGCGGUCUUCACCGGGCAGCUCUCAAGGAAAGGUUCAUCCAAUGAAAAGGAAUCCUUCAUUAGAUGCAGCUAUGGUAAACAACUCUCAAGAUCUAGGUGACGACUUGAAGAUGAAGAGCCACAGGGAGAUCAGAACAGCGUUUGAUGGACAGAUGGCGGAGGAAAUGAUGGAAGUGGAAAACAAAAGAGAAUUAAAAAAGGAGACAGAAAGACACAUGGCAAAAAUGAAGGAGCUUGAGAGGGAGAAACAGAGGCAUCUGGAAAUGGAGAAAGAAGCACAUGCAGAAUUUGCACGAAUGAAGGACAGAGAAAUGCAAAGAGAAUAUGAAAGGCAAAGACAAAAAGCCUAUGAGAAGGAGAUACAGGACUUUGAGGAGAAACAACGUAAACUGGAAAGGCAAAAACAGUUAGAGCUUGAACAGCAGAAACUGCAAGAAGUGGAGAGCGCAAGACUAAGGGAACAGGAAAAAGAAAGACAACGAAAACUUGAGAAAGAAAAACGACGAGAACUAGAUAGACAGAAAAAGCUUGAAAGGGAGAAACUGCGAGAGCAGGAAAGAGAGAGACACCUUGAACAGGAGAGGCAAAGACAAAGGGAGGAAGAGAUGCAGAGGGAGCUGGACAAGGAGAAACAGCUGCUGGAAAUCCAGAAGGUCUUAGAGUUUGAAAAACAGACUCAAAAAGAAAAGGAGAUGGAGAAGCAGAGACUCAGAGAGAAAAUGGAUAGGGAAAAAGCAGAGAAACUAAAACAGAUGGCAUUAGAACAAGAGAUGUUUAGAAUGAAAGAGCUUGAGAAAGAGAAGGAACGACAAUGGGAGAUGGAGAAGGAGCAUCAGAAAAAGAUGGAGAGGGAAAAGCAGAGAGAGAUGGAGAGGCAGAAACAAAGACAUUCAGAAAGGGAGAGACAAAGACAACUAGAUUAUGAGAGGCAGGAAAUAGAGAACCAAAGGCUGAGACAACGGGAAAUGGAGAGGGAAAGGCUGAGGAAGGAGGAGUCGGAGAGAUUUAAAGAGACUGAGAGAAAAGGGCUCUUGGAGUUGGAGAAGCAGAAGCAGGCAGAGAGGGACAGACAACAGAUCAUAGAGCUCGAGAAACGCCAGCUGAGGGAGAGGAUGGACAGGGAGGAGGCAGAUAAUAUGAGACAGAUAUCCAAACAGCAAGAAGCAGAGAGACAGAGACUAAAGGAGAGACAGAAGAAAGAGGAACAGGACAGGGUGAGGUUGGAGUCUUCACAUCUCAGACCUAAAGUGUUGGAUCUGGACUCUGUGCGGAGGAAUGACUCCAUUUCUAAGACUUCUCCGCACCGCAGUGACCUCUCAACACGAUGGAAGGAGCCAUCCCCGAGAGCAGAAGAGUGUUACAGACCUGCCAUCCUUGACUUGGACUCUUUCACGUCCCCAGCUCAAGUUUCCCCCAGUAAAGACAUGUUUCCUGUUUCUGGUAUUCAGGGUGUAGACGCCACAUUUGGAGCUAGGCUGCAGCCUGAGGUAGAUGUUAGCUGGAGGGUGCCGCCACAGACUUCAGGAGGUAUAUCGAGUCCAAUAUGGACGAUGUCUCCUCAGGACCCGUGGGAGCUGCGGCCUGUUGAGAUGUCUGUGGACAAACCUGAACCCAGGAAACACGCCAGCAAACUGAGCCCAGAGCAGCUGCUCCUCAGGCAGGAGGAGCGGCUCUUGGCCCCGCAGAGGAACUGGUCUGCAGGGCAGGAGGAGCCGCCUCAAUUGGCCUCUCUCUCCCGGACAGAGUCCAUAAGUGGAGGCUCUCCAAGCAGAGGCCCCAGCAGCGCUCCUGCAGAGCAGAUAUGGCUGCCCAGACAGCCCCAGCCUCCAGUGGGCCAGGUCGACGUCCGCAGCCAGAGGAGGUCGCAGGGGUCGCAGGAGUUGAACAGGAUGCGGUCCCGCAGUGUUUCUCGGCGAUCGACUCCUUCAAUCAGCGCCGUGGAGGGAAGUCUUUCCAGGAUGAGGAGUCGCAGCGCACACCGAGAGCUGGACGACAACAGCUGGGUGCAGCAGAAGCAGAGUGUCAGUGGUGAGGAGGAGGACUCGGGAACACCGGUCCGAGACACUGACAGUCAGUAUGGGACCUGGGAGACAGGACUGCGCACUGAUGACAGCCUCAGUCCUGCCACUCCCAGUUCAGAAAGUAAUCUCAGCCCCUCGCCAAGGAAGCCAACCCCCCCGCACACGCUAGCUGAUCCCGGCUCACAGUUUGACGCACCGGACGGCGUUCCUCAAUCCACAUUUGAGAGCCAGCCGCUCCCUUUCCCUGAUGCCCCGACCACUCUGUUGGACACCAGCGCUCUGCGCUCCAGAGCUCACCUGGUGAAGAAGCGAGCCCCGAGGACCCGCCCCUCCAAAGCCACCCAUCAGACAGCAGCACUGUCACCGGCUGAGGGAGGAGCCACAGACGACUGGCUCUACAGAGACUCCACAGAGGUGAAGGUUGAGAGAAAGGACGAUGACUCGGACUCUGAGGAGCAGGCCAGAGGAGGAGCCGAGGCCAGCCCUGCUGUUUCCUCUCAGCCGCAGAGGAUCCCCCUGUUCACUGGGAUGGACCCUUCAGCUUUAAAAGCCCAUCUGAGGAAGAGGGGCGACACUGACAGCCAGAUGGAUGGAACAACUCCCUCUCCUUCACAACUCUCUCGCUCUCCCAAGUCCCCCUUCCUCCCCAGGGCAGCGCGAGUACUGCCCCCUGCUGGUGGGAAAGAGAAUGGUGAAGAGGACUCACCCCAGUGGUUGAAAGAGCUGAAGUCCAAGAAGCGUUUGAGUCAGUAUGAAAAUGAAAGCUAAGAUAUUAAUGAGGUGGCCUUAUCAGAUGAAUCUAUAUGAAAUAGAAGCCUUAACGUUGGAGAGAGUAGGAGAGAGGAAUCUACAGCUGCUGACCUUUUCUUUUUUUUUCUCUCUUCCCAUCUGGGUUUAUAAUGUGCAUGGUGCCUUUUUUACGGAGAGUCUCUGUCUUUUGGAAAAAGAAUAAAACAAGCAAGGAGGAGAAGAAAAAACAUCGUGCUGCUCUGCUUUAUCCAUUUCAUGCUUGAACCUGUUGAAGCCUUUCUGCAGCAGGAGGCUCUUCACAUGAACACUUUACUAGGGACCAGGAGAAGACACGAGGGGACGGGAGGAAUUAUUGGCAAUAGUGCUGCAACUGAUGAUUCUUUUCAUUGUCGAUUCAUCUGUUGAUUAUUAUCUCGACUGAUUGGUUAAUUGUUUGGUCUAAAAAUGUCAGAAAAUGUCUGUGGUGAUGUAAAUAUCUUGUUUUGUGAGUCAAAAACCCAAAGAUAUCAAGUUUAAUAUGAUAUAAAAUAAAGAACAGCAAAUCUUGUCCACAUUUGAGAUUUAAAAUCUAUUUUCUGACAUUUGUUACUUUAAGGAUGAAUUGAUAAUCGAAAUUGUUCUGUUUGUAUACGAACCGUUGCUGUGCUACUGAACAAAUACUUCGUACACAGCAGCUGUUAAGCAAUGUUUGACUUGUGGGACCAUGCAACACUUUUGCUUCAUCACAAGCUGGAGGACAAUCCAGAAAAUCCUCUUGUGUUUCCUGACCUGACUUGUGUGUACAGGUCGGGACAUAAUGUGUGUUUUCAGUCUGUUGAGGGGAGUCACACAAGCAUUGCCGUAGGACGUCAAUUCAGACACUAAUGAUCUCCUUCUUGAACAUAGAGAACAAAUCACUGCUGACCUGAUCUGCAAUCAGAAGAUGUUAUAUUUGUAUUAUGAUUGAUUUAACAGAGAACUAGUUUUGCGUUGCAUCACUACAAAAUACUUUUUUACACUCCACACAACCCUAACAGUGUCAGAGUUGCUGCAUCUUGUACAUAUGUUUUUGUCUAAGUAUAUUUUUGUUUUUGUGUAAGAGGGACAGGGGACUCUGCAUCUGUCAAUCAUGCACACUCCUUAUCAGCACAAAUACUUUUAUAAAGAAGAAACACUAAUCAGCCUGUCUUCCCCGAAUGAUUGUAGCGUACAUCAAAAGCCAUAUGUUCACCUUGUAGCCCUUGUUUCACAAACAAAUGUGCAAUUCUUCCUCGGUUUUUGUCCCCAUUAAUGUGCAUGCACAAUCUUUGCUGUCAAACUGAAAGUGUUGGGCGCUCCAGUGGAGGGAUUAUUUGUUCACUACUUUGUUUAAAUCACUCUAUGAAACUCCUAAAAGCAUAUGAACAUUUGCACCUGCUUUCCACCUUUACUGUAAUCCUCCUCUUGAUGCUGCCCUUCUAUAAAGCACUUUGUCACUUGACGCACUACGGCACUGACCUCUGCCCCUCUUGUCUCGUCUCCUGUGUUGUCGGAGUUUUUCUCAUGCAAUGCAAGUGAAUGUGUUGAAGUCCUCUGGGGGGAUUGUCCCUGGUUUCUAUGUACAUGACGUUUUACUUUGUCAUAAAGAUUUGAGGGUU